AUGGGCAAUAGUACCAUAUUGAUAGUAAUCUGGGUGGAACUAUCACUCCAUGAACCCAUGUACUUCUUUCUUUCCAUGCUGGCAGUCAGUGACCUGGGCCUCUGUGCCGCCACCUUACCUACAAUGCUUAAGCUUUUCUUGUUCAAUACUUGUGAAAUACACUUUGAUGCAUGCCUUGCCCAGAUGUACUUUAUCCAUAUCUUCUCCAUGAUGGAGUCAGGUAUCCUACUGUCUAUGGCUUUUGACCGCUAUAUAGCCAUAUCCAAUCUUCUCAGAUACACUGCCAUCCUGAACAGUUCUGCCACCAUGAAAAUUUCUGUAGAGUUUGCGUUCUGGGCCAUCAUUAUCCUCAUCCCAGCCCCUGUGCUCAUUAAGCAACUCAAAUUUUGUGAAGCCAAUGUACUUUCCCAUUCCUAUUGUUUACACCCAGAUAUUAUUAAGCUUUCCUGCUCUGACCACCAUAUUAACAGCUUCUUAGGACUCAUUGUCAUUAUCAUCACAUUUGGAGUUGAUUUUGUGCUCAUCCUGCUCUCCUAUGUGAAGAUCUUCACCACAGUUCUGGGUAUUGCCUCCCAGGGAGAACGAGUCAAGGCCCUUAAUACCUGCGUCUCCCACAUCUGUGCUGUGCUGCUGGUCUACGUCCCCAUGUUGGGAGUGUCCAUCAUUCACCACUUUGGAAAGUAUGUGCCACAUGUGGUUCAUGUCAUCAUGGGCUAUGUCUACUUGUUGGUGCCUCCUGUGCUCAACCCAGUUGUCUAUUGCAUCAAGACUCAUGAGAUACGCACUCACCUUCUGGAUAUUUUCAAGAAAAUAUCAAAAAAUGUAUAUUAA